UUAACAUGCCAGGGCAAAGCGUAGAAAUCAAGAAAUGCAUAAUUAAUUAUUUCUUAGAACGGCACUUCGAAAUCAGCUCAACAAACACCAAAACAAGAAUCUAAAAGGUUCAAAUUUUCAAUCAAAUUUCUCUAAAUAAUCAUCGGCAUGUUCGCAAAACUUCUGUUUCACAGGGCCGAUCAUAAUUCUCAGUAUCAUGGAAAGAGUUUGCUGUCGUCGGAUGAAGUGGAUUUUCGGAUUAAUGUGCAUUAUGGUAUCCCAUCUACGGCUUCAAUUCUUGCUUUUGAUCCGAUUCAGCGCCUGUUAGCUAUUGGAACAUUGGAUGGUAGGAUAAAGGUGAUCGGUGGUGAUAAUAUUGAAGGACUUCUGAUUUCCUCAAAGCAAUUACCUUACAAAUACUUGGAGUUUUUGCAGAAUCAAGGUUUCUUAAUUAGCGUCACAAAUGACAAUUAUAUUCAGGUUUGGAAUCUGGAAAGGAGGUGUAUAGCUAGUAGUUUACUAUGGGAAACAAACAUAACUGCUUUCUCCAUAAUCAGUGGCUCCUCACUUAUGUAUAUUGGUGAUGAAUAUGGUUUAAUGUCUGUUCUGAAGUACGACACAGAGAAUGGAGAACUACAACAAUUGCCUUAUCAUAUAUCUUCAAAUUCAUUUGCUGAAGCAGCUGGAUUUUCAUUAUCUAAUCAGCAACCCGUAGUUGGAGUUCUUCCCCAACCUUGUUCUUCAGGAAAUAGGCUAUUGAUUGCUUAUCAGAGUGGUCAUAUUAUACUUUGGGAUGUUGUUGAAGCUCAAGUUGUUUCUGUUCAAGGUGAUAAGGUUCUCCAAUUACAGAAUGAAAUUGAUUCUCAAAAUAACGUAGACACCAGCGUGCUAGAUGAAAUAUCUCCCCAUCAUUUAGAGGAGAAAGAGAUCAGCGCUCUUUGUUGGGCAUCUUCUGAUGGGUCCAUCCUUGCUGUUGGAUACAUAGAUGGUGAUAUUUUAUUUUGGAAUAUAUCAGUAGGUGCCUCCAGCAGAGACCAACCAGCUGGAUUGUCUCAAAAUGUUGUUAAGUUACAGUUGUCUUCCGCUGAGAAGAAAAUUCCUGUCAUUGUCCUACACUGGUUGGCUAAUAAUAAAUCCCGUAAUCAUUGUGAUGGUCAACUUCUUAUUUAUGGUGGUGAUGAGAUAGGAUCUGAAGAAGUUGUCACGGUUCUGAGUCUUGAAUGGUCAGCUGGGAUGGAAGCUGUGAAAUGCACUGAUCGUUUGGACCUCACUCUUACUAGUUCCUUUGCAGACAUGAUUUUAAUACCAUCUGCUGGGACAACAAGGAGUGAUGAAAAUGCUAUUCUUUUUAUAUUGUCAAACCCUGGAUGCCUGCAAAUUUAUAAUUGUGCCGACUUGUCUUCCUCCAUGUCACAUCCUAAAAAGGGGCUGCAUCCUGAAAAGGAACUACUGGACUCUGCUGUAAAUUUUCCUACUGUAAUACCAACUGUUGAUCCUCUGAUGACUGUGGCAGAGCUUUUUCAUAUAUAUGGAAACACAGAGGCACUGUCCAAGAUAGCUGCACUGAAGCAGUCUAGUUCAAAGCUAAUGUUGCCAAGGGGUAUAAAGUGGCCCAUGACUGGGGGUGUAUACAAUCAUCUAUCCUUUGGCAAAGAUAACUGGAUCCUUAGAAUCUAUGUAGGAGGCUAUCAGGAUGGAUCAGUUCGAAUAUGGGAUGCCACCUAUCCAGUGUUUUCGCUCCUCUGUGUUUUGACAACUGAGCUUAGCAGUUUAAAUUUGGGCGAUUCUAGUGCUUCAGUGACAAAAAUGGCUUUCUGCUCCUCCACUUUGAGAUUAGCAGUUGGCAAUGAAUGUGGUCUGGUCCACCUGUACAAUCUUUUUAGCAGUGAUGAAACAAGCUUCCAUUUUGUUACAGAAAAUAAGUGUGAAGUUCAUAACUUAGUUCAAGUUCAAGGACCAAAGUAUGAAGCUGUUUUUAGCCUUCUUAAUUCGAGAGUUCAAGCACUUGAAUUCGCAAAUGGUGGCACCAAACUCGUUGUUGGAUAUAAAUGUUCUCGAAUUGCGGUGCUUGAUGUGAAUUCAUUAUCUGCUGCAUUUAUAACAGACUCCAUAUCCAGUACUAGCUCACCAUUGAUAUCAGUACUCUGGAAAGUUUUUGCUUUUGGUCCUGCUAAAAGCUUAAAUCAGCCUGGAUUAAAAAUUCCAGAUAAUGUUGCUGGGGAAUUUCUUUUUGUGUUAACCAAGGAUGCGAGGAUUUAUGUUGUUGAUGGUAAUAAUGGUAAAAGAAUUUGCUCAAGGCCAGUACACCCAAAGAAGCAGUCAUCUGCAAUUACUAUGUAUGUUAUAGAUAUCACUGUACCUGAUCCACGGUCAAUGAAUGGAGAACAUUCGCCCAAAGAUGACAGUAACAAGCUUUCUGGGGAGCACACAACGCAGGGGAGCACUAGAUGCUAUACUGAAGACCACUCUGCUGAUAUAAAUCUCUCUGUAGAAAGUUUAAAGGAGUCAUUUGUCUUGCUGUGUUGUCAGGAUUCUCUACGUAUAUACACUAUGACGUCUGUAGUUGAAGGAAAAAACAAAUCUAUUUUCAAAGUCAAACUUGCAAAGCCCUGUUACUGGACCACCGCUUUCAGAAAAGAUGGGAAACUUUGUGGACUGGUGGUAUUCUACGAGACGGGAGAGAUAGAGAUCCGAUCUUUGCCUGACCUAGAAUCGGUGAAAGAAUAUUCAUUGAUGUCUGAUUUAAGGUGGAACUUCAAGGCAAACAUGGAAAGGAUGAUCAGUUCUACUAAUAAUGGGCAUAUUGCACUGGCAAAUGGGUGUGAAGUGGCAUUGGUUUCUCUAUUGGCGGGUGAAAAUGAUCUCAGGAUUUCAGAUUCCUUGCCCAGUCUUCAUGAUGAAGUGCUUGCAGCAGCAGUGAAGGCUGCAAUGAGUGUUUCCUCAGAUUCAAAGAAAAAACAGGGAGGUAGUCCUCACCUUUUGGGUGGUAUUGUUAAAGGACUUAAGGGUCGAAAGUCCAAUCAUGCAACAUCUCUUUCUUCCACUUUCAAAUCUGAUUUUAGUCAUUUGGAGGGCAUUUUCAUGAAGAACCCAUUCCCAGAGCCAUCUAAUAUUGAAGAUGAACAUGAGACUGCUGAGCUUGAUAUAGAUGACAUUGAAAUUGAUGAACCUAUUCCUCCGGCUCCUACUUCAUCACAUGAAGUACAUGCUAAAGAUAAAGGCAAGAAAAGUGAAAGAGAAAAAUUACUGGACGGGGAUGCGGAUGCAAUGCCCAGAGCCAGAACAAAGGAAGAAAUCAUAGCGAAGUACAGAAAAGCUGGGGAUGCCUCGUCAGUGGCAGGAGAAGCAAGAAACAAGCUUUUAGAACGUGGAGAAAAGCUUGAGAGAAUUAGCAGACGAACUGCGGAACUCCAAAGUGGGGCUGAAGACUUUGCAUCAUUAGCUAACGAGCUUGCAAAAGCAAUGGAAAAUCGAAAAUGGUAUCAUAUAUAAUACCAGUUUUGUCCUCUUCAAUUCUUCGCGUAAUGGAACUUAUCCCUUCCGAUGGACGACUGAAGCUUGAUAGUCGAAAAUCAGAUGGUUAGACAUCACUUUGUCGUAUAUCUGAUCUACUAUAGAUGAGGCUCUUCUGCAGAGAUAUCAACUCUUUUUUUACCAUUGAUAUUCCAGAGCAAGGGAGGUUAAGUUAUUCCUGCGUGUUUAGAAUGUUUUUGGCCUGCGUGUUGCCUAGAAUCAUUUUGAAAUAACUUAUUUAUGGUGGUGUUGAGAUUUUAUUACAUUAAACGCAAAAUGUAUGCAUAUAUGUAUAUAUAUAUUUAUGAACAGUGUACAUAAAAAUGAAGUUGUGGAGUUGAUUGAAA